AUGUGUGCUGCCACUGAGAUUAAGCGUGACGUGCUACCAACACACGUUAAGCCAGUUCAUUACGAUUUGGAUGUCAGUAAUAUCAAUGUUAACAAUAACUCAUUUGAUGGGAAAGUCAAAAUUGAAUUGGACGUUAAAGAAGAUACAAAUGAAAUUGUUUUAAAUGUCAAUGACCUACAAAUCAAAAGUGCUGAAUUAGCAUAUUCUGUUACUAAGACCGAAUCAAUUGUUCAAAUCACUGAAACUAUUGUCGAUAAUAAAGCUCAAAUUGCAACAUUUAAAUUAUCUGAAACUUUAAGAGCUGGUCCUGCUUCUAAGGCCUUUUUAACAAUAUUAUAUUCAGGUCCAUUAAGACAUGAUAUGAACUCAUUUUAUAAAUCUUCAUACACUGACAAGAAUGGUAAAGAACAAUUAAUCUUAUCAACACAAUUUGAAGCUACUGAAGCUCGUGGUGCAUUCCCAUGUUUUGAUGAACCAAAUUUAAAAGCUACAUUUACUUUUUCAAUAACUGUUGCUGAAGACUAUACCGCUUUAAGUAAUACACCAGUUGCUUCUUCAAAAGUUUUAGAUGAUGGUAAAAAAAAAGGUGCAAUUGAAGCUAGUGGAUUAAAAUUAGUUCAAUUUCAAAAAACUCCAAUCAUGUCAACUUAUCUUUUGGCUUGGGUUAUCGGUAAAUUAGAUUAUGUUGAAUCAUUCACUGAACGUUCAUAUUCGGGAAAGAAAAUCCCAAUUAGAGUUUAUACUGCUGAAGGUGAAUCUGCUAAAGGUAAAUUUGCUUUACAAGUUGCCACAAAAGUUGUUGAUUAUUUUUCUGAAGUUUUUGAUAUUGAUUAUUAUUUACCAAAAUUAGAUAUGGUUGCCAUUCCAGCUUUCAGUUCAAAUGCCAUGGAAAACACUGCUUUAGUUACUUUUAGAGAAACUGCACUUUUAUUUGAUGAAGAAUCAAGUGAUUCUAAAUACAAAGAAAAAGUUGCUUAUGUUGUUUCACAUGAAUUAGCUCAUCAAUGGUUUGGUAACUUGGUUACUAUGGAUUGGUGGGAUGAAUUAUGGUUAAAUGAAGGUUUCGCAACUUGGGUUGGUUAUUUAGCCGUUGAUAAAUUAUAUCCAGAAUGGGAAACUUUUGCCACUUUCACUUCAAAUUCAUUACAAACUGCACUUGAUUUGGAUGCUUUAAGAGGGUCACAUCCAAUUGAAGUUCCAAUCAAAUCAGCUUCUGAUAUUGAUCAAGUUUUUGAUGCUAUUUCAUAUUUGAAAGGUGCUAGUAUCAUUAGACAAUUAGCUGCUACUUUAGGUACUGAUGUUUUAUUAAAAGGUGUUUCAAAUUAUUUGAAAACUCAUCAAUAUGGUAAUGCUACAACAAAAGAUUUAUGGAAAGCUAUUGGUGAAGCCUCAGGUGUUGAUGUUGUUAGUAUUGCUGAUCCUUGGAUUCGUAAGAUUGGGUUCCCAUAUGUUGAUGUUCAAGUUGAUUUAACUAAAAAAUCCAUUCAAGUUACUCAAAAUAGAUUUUUAUCCACUGGUGAUGUUCAAGAAGAAGAAAACCAAACUAAUUGGUGGAUUCCAUUGAAUGCUUAUAAUGGUAAAACUGUCGCAAAAGAUUUAUCAAUCACAUCCAAAUCUGAAACUAUUGAAAAUGUUUCAAUUGAACCAUUUUUGAAAUUAAAUAAAGAUACUGUUGGCUUCUUUAGAGUUAAAUAUGAUGAUGCUACUUUUAACAAUAUCAUAAACAAUUUGGAUAAAUUAUCAAAUACUGAUAAAGUUGGUAUUAUCUCUGAUACUACAGUCUUAUCAGUUGCAGGUAUUUAUAGUACUUCAAAAGCUCUUGAUCUCUUCAAAGCUUUCAAAGGUGAAACUGAUUAUGCAGUUUGGUUACAAUUAUUAUCAAGUUUGAAAACAUUAAGAUCAGCUUGGUAUGAACAACCUCAAGAAGUUCAAAAUGGUUUGAAAAAAUUAACUCAUGAAAUUGUUGAACCUGCUGUUUUAAGUCUUGGUUUUGAAGCUGCUAAAAAUGAAAGUUUCUUAACUACACAAUUAAGAAUUGAAUUACUUUCAGCUGGUGUUUCAGCUGGUGUUCCUCAAGUUAUUGAAGAAUUACAAAAAUUAUUCACUAAUUUAAAAGAAGGUAAAGAUAUUGAUCCAAGUUUAAGAAGAAUUGUUAUUUCUUCUGUUAUCUCAGCUCCUGAUGCUACUGAAGAAGAUUUUGAUUUUGUUUAUGGUUUAAUUUCAACUUCAAAAUCUACUGAUGCAAGUGAAGUUAUCUUAAAUGCUUUAGGUACUGUUACAAACCCUGUUUUGAUUCAAAAAGCUUUAAGUUUGAUCUUGAACCCAGAAAUCCCAAUCAUGAAUAUCUCAUUUGUUAGUAUUCCAUUGACCAAUAACACUAAAGCAAGAUUACAAUUCUGGACUUAUUUGAAAGAAAAUUUCGAAGCUAUUACAGAACGUUUGAAAGUUAAUAGAAUGGUUCAUGAUAGAUUUUACAAAUUUACAUUAGGUAAAUAUGCAUCUGAUGAAAUUCAUGAUGAAAUUAAAGAAUUCUUCUCUGAUAAAGAUACUCAUGAUUAUCAUAGAUCUCUUGAUCAAGUUUUAGAUGGUAUUAAAACUAAUUCUUCUUGGGUUUCAAGAGAUAAGGAAGUUGUUGCUGACUGGUUGAAAUCUAAUAACUAUAUCUGA